UCUGAGUUGGGGUGUGGUUUUUUCAGGCAUAUAGGAGAAUUGAUCCUCACCCCACAAAAGAAUUCAUUUGUGUACACUUAUGAGUACCAACACAGAAAUUUUAAACAGGACAAUGUAUGGGAAAUUAUCCAAUUCAACCAAUGCGACUGAUCCUCACCUAAUCAUCCAGACCAAUGCUCCUUAUAUAGGGAGCACCCAGAGACCGGUCAGCUCUUCUACUUUUUACAUGUCCACAGCCAGGGUAUUAAAAGAAGGUGAGAUAAAUAAGCCAGAUCUGGUGACUUACAUUGUUCUCUUUUUCUUCCUGCUCCUGGCUGUGAUAAUAAUUGUACUUUUUAUUAACUGCCAGCUGAAAAAUUCUUUUUUUGCCGCACUACCUUAUGACAGAUCACUACGAGAAGCAAGGAGCCCCUGGAAGACACAGGCUGUGUAAACCUCAGAGUGAGAAAGAAAAUGCCUGGUAUAAGCUUUGGUAUGAUGCAUCAGGGUAUUAUGAACACUCAUACUUGUAUAAUAAUAAUCAUGCUGUUUCUCUUUGUGACUGGUUGGAUUCAACCAUGUAUAAAUAACAUGCUGCCU